CCCAAUCGCGAUGAGGCCUACCUUAGCUACUUUCGAGACCGCAGCCCUUUUCUCAGAGCCAUCCGCAAGACUGACCUAGUGAUGCCAGACCAGGCACGCAGUAUCGCGCGUGAGCUGGGAGUCUAUUAUUACGAGACUAGCGUACUCACGUACUAUGGUGUCAACGAGGUGUUUGAAAAUGCUAUCCGAGCAGCUCUCAUUGCACGGCGACAGCAACGUUUUUGGAUGACUAAUCUCAAGAAAGUGCAACGUCCACUGCUUCAGGCACCAUACUGCCCGCCCAAGCCUCGGCCACCGGAGAUACAUGUGUCUCCCUCAACAUACGAGGAGAGUCUCCACUGGCUGUUCCACACGCAGGCACAUGCUGAUGUCAUCUUUGUCGCCGGCGCUGUGGGUUUCUCAGCGCACAGGUUCAUCCUGGCCGCCGCCUCGCCGGCACUACAUCGCUUGCUGUGUACCGACCUUACUGGUGAACUGAGCACCCGUAGUGCCAGCGAGUCCAGCAUGGUAUCAACUUUUGGAGAAGCAACAUCAGGGGACUUCAAUGAAGACACUGAGUACUUGAUUCGUGUGGAGAAACCAAUGAGGGUUUGGGACCAGCUGAAACGCAGAUCCAGCUGCCAAGUGUUGACCACCUCCAGCAAUAGUUCCAACACCAACAAGAAGGUAUCGGGUAGUCGCGAGCUCAACCAUCCAGCAUUCUCUGCCAUCAGAGUACAGCAGUGUGAAGUGAUGGACCAGCACGGAGGAGUGUCCAGCUGUGUACAGACAGUAGUCACUCUCACCAAGCUGGUGACUCCCCACGCUAUCCAGCAGUGUCUGCAGUUCCUCUACACUGGCACAUUGGACAACCGAUACUCCCAGCUACAGAGCCUUCCAUUAGGAUUGCUCUUGGAAAUUCGACAAGCAGCAGAGUUCAUGGAGUUACCAGAAUUGUUAGUCUACGUCUCCAACAUCCAAGCACACGAGGAGUUCCUCAACCCUGAGCUGAAGCAACGAUACAGACAGGCUAUUCGGGUGAGACUGAAGGAAUUAGUUUUGGGGCAAGGUCUGUUUGCUGACGUGCUUUUUCAACUGGAUGAUGGCUCUCUCUCAGCCCACCGUCCUCUACUCAUGGCACGCUGUGACAUGAUGCGAGCCAUGUUCUCUGGGGAUUUCCGUGAGGGAAGUGCCAAAGUGAUACUGUUUCCCGGGAGUGCGAACUGACACGUUCAGGCAGUUGGUGAGUUUUCUGUACUGCGAUGACGUGAGCACAGUGCUACCAACCCGCUGCUUGGAUCUGCUGGAACUGGCCAACCGACUGUGCCUGCAACGGUUGGUCAAUCUGGUGGAGAAACGUGUAGUGGAGGAACUGUC